GCGCCAGCGCCAGUGUGGACUGUGGAGUGUGAAGUGUAGUGUGCUCUAAGCUCAGUUCAGUUGGUGCGCGACCGUCGUCAUGAACAAGACCCCGUCGACGGUAUCCGUGCCCGGCAAGAACGGCAUCGGGUACACAUGGGAAUACGCCAAGGCCCCGGACAACCGCACCAGGUGGCAGAAGAUCAAGACUGGAAUCUGGAACCCAGAAACCCACCAGUUUCUGGGGCGCACCGCCAAAAGCUGGGGUGGCAUUUUCCUGUUCUACCUCAUCUUCUAUGGAGCUUUGGCUGUGUUCUUCGCCAUCUGCAUGAAAUGCCUCAUGAUGACUAUAGAUGAUGAAUACCCCAAGUGGCAGCUGGAUAGCUCAAUUAUAGGGACCAAUCCAGGCAUGGGAUACCGACCAAUGUCACAAGAGGUUGAGAAAGGUUCGCUCAUCUGGUACAAUCACAGGAACGAGACAAAUGUUGCCUCAUGGGUUCAAUCACUCAACCAGUUUUUAGAUCCAUACAACAACAGUCAGCUGUUACCGGGAGGUGGUAAGAACCAGCAGAUAUGUGACUAUGAUCGACCACCAGCGCAAGGGAAGGUGUGCGCCGUCGAAGUGAACGGUCCGGCGUGGGGACCCUGCACCGACAAGCAGGGCUAUAACUACAACAAGGCCAGCCCCUGUGUAUUCCUUAAGCUAAACAGGAUAUAUGGAUGGCAGCCUGACUUCUACAAUGACCCCAAAGACCUACCAGAUGAUAUGCCUGAUGAACUCAAAGACUACAUCAACAAAACCACCAAACAAGAACGUAACACUGUUUGGGUCAGCUGUCAGGGAGAAGCUCCGAAUGAUCGAGAGAAUAUUGGUCAGAUCCAGAUAUAUCCCCGGCCCGGCUUCGCUGGAUACUUCUAUCCGUACCUGAACGUCAAAGGAUACCUAAGUCCCAUUGUGGCUGUCCACUUCAAGAGGCCUAAAUCAAACAUACUAAUCAACGUCGAGUGUCGAGCAUGGGCUAAAAAUGUAUAUUACAAACGAAGUCUCCAAAAUAGAGAGGGUUCUGUCCAUUUCGAGCUGUUGAUAGACUAAUUCAAGUGAAUCAGAAGUGAGCUAAAUCAAUCUCUAACCUGUUCAAAACAUUAUCUGUUUCUUGUUCACUCUUAGUCAUAGAUAGUUAAUUUACUAUCUGAACAAUGAACAUAUGUUAGACAACAAUGCAAUGUAAACAGCUGAUCUCACAUCUAACUAUUUUUUGUCAAAUUUUAGUAACUUUUUCAAAUUGAUAGUGCUUAUUUUUUAUUGGCAUUUUUAACUAUUUUGGCCCACUAAAGUGAUUUUGUUUCAGUUUUUGCAUUAGUUCCAUUUGCCAUCUUAAAUUUAGUUUUAGAUAAUUCACUAACUGUAGUCAACUAUAAGUUGUCUACUGUAAUAACAAGUCAAUGUUCAUAUAAAAUUCCUUUAUAUAUACCAACCUUACUGGAAGGUGGAUGAAAACGGACUAAGGGUAAAACCUUUUGUAUUCCUGUCUCAUUAACAUUUACAAAAUGGACUUCUGUAAUUAAUAAUGGUAGGAUAUAUGUAAUCUUAAAGUAUAUUAAGACCUCUUUAAUCAAAUGAAAGUAUAUGAUAACACUGUGUAAAGAAUUUAUAUUUAUUGUGUAUAGUUGUAACUGGUUAACCACGUCCUUUUGUUUAACCAAUUAACAAAACUAAGUUAAAAUAAAUUGUGUUAUUAUAAUACAAUAAAAUUAGUUUGUCAAGUAUUUCAUCAAGCAAGCUUUACUUUACGUUUUCAUGUUCUGCUUUUGUGCCAGCCAAAUCCUCUGCUUAAGUGCCUUUACCACUCAUCGUGGGAGAGUCUAAAUGUACUAAGAUUAAUCUUCUACAAUGCAUUAUUAUGCUUUGCCAAGUAAUCCAUAUAGUUUUAUCAAUUAUAAAAUUAUAAAUCAAGAUGGGGUGCCACCUUACAUUCUAAUUUGCAACAACUACAAUCACUCUAUCUUCCUCCAUCCUGCAUUCAUAUUAAGGUUAAAAUAGGCAUCUAGAUGGCGUCCUCAUCUCAAUUAUUGAUAAUUUGAAAUUCAUACUAUUGAUAUUAAUUUACUUCAUACAAAUUUAUCAGGUACUGUAAUACGAAUGUUUUACCUUACUUUAGCAACAUUUAAGUUUCAAAAUGAUUCUUUAAUAUAAAAUCUAUAAACUGUGUUUGUAAUGCUCUAUUCAUAUUUAUCCACUGCCAAAUUUUAAAUAAAUCUAUCCUCUUAUUAUAAUGGCUUUAAAUUAUGUAAAAUGUGAAAUAUUUAGGUGGUUCUUGAUCUUUUCAAGAUUGUUUCUACUUUAUUCAGUAGUUGUGUAAAAUUUUAACAUUUCUCUGUGUGAUUAUUGUGGAUAUUGCAUGUGGAUAUGCAUUGUGGAUAGUGUGCUGUAUUGCAGUAUAGCAUUACUAAGAAUGUAUCCACAAAAGAGAAAAGAAGGGUCCUUCAAGUGAAUGUAUACUAUAUAUUAAAGAUUUGAAAUACUGAAAGUAUUUUAGCAGGAAGGUGCUAAGAAACAAUAUUAUUUUCUUUUGUUCUUUUUCAGUUUUUAAUCUAUGUUAAGCCAGUUUGACUAUGUCAAUAAUUUAGUUAUCCUCCUAACACCAACAUAAAAUGUUUGUUUAAUAAUAUCUUAAGAUAAAAUCCAACUAUUCAAUAUUACUAUUAAACUUGUUUUUUUUUUUUUUUU